AUGGACCGCGACCGCGAGCGGGGGCGGGGCGGCGGGAGACCUGGACCAUCUCCGGGACAGCUGCUGGACAAGGUUCGGCAGCUGCGGGCGAAAAUUUCUCAGGACGUGUAUGAUCUGACUGGUUGGGACCAGGCGUGGGAGGAGCUCAAGUCCUUACAGCUAUCGGACGAAACACGGGCCAUAUAUGAGGAGCUGGUCGCAGCGUUCCCCACAAAGGCUGACGUAUGGUGCAAGUAUUCGGAGCUGGAGCUGGCUGCCGGCAACCUGCCGGGCCUCAAGGCGAUUUUCCAGCGCUGCCUCAUGGCGGUGCCCUCCCUGGAGCUGUGGGCCCUGUACAUGAAGUUCAUUCGCAGAUCCAACAAGAGCAAGGGCGCGGAUGGCGUGGUUGAGAUUCGCAACGCGCUGGAGUUCACUUUGGAGCGGGCGGGUCAGGACAUCAACUCGGGGCCCUUCUGGCAGGACCUGCUGCAGCUGCUGCAGUCCGCCAAGGCGGGGACACCGGAGUUCGGGGCGCUCUUUCCGCAGGCGAUGGUGGGUCAGGAGGACAACGCCCGCAUGGCGGCUGUACGGCGUGUUUACCAGCAGGCCGUCACCAUACCCCACCACCACCUGGAUGGGUUAUGGCGGGACUACCAGCGCUUCGAAAACGAUGGGCCCAAUAAGCAGUUCGCGAAAAAAGUCCUAGAUGAGUGGUCCCCCAAGUACCAGGCGGCCAAGGCGGUGUACCGGGAGAGGAGGAAGAGAGCGGCGGUGCUCAGCUACGCGCUGUGGCCGCUGCCCUCCGGCAAGGGGGGGUUGCUGCAGGAUCAGCAGGCUCAGUUGUGGAGGGAGUACCUGGCAUAUGAGCGUACUAACCCGCAGGGUUUGGAUCCCCCGGUGUUGCUGUCCCGUGUAUCCCUGGCCUUCGACCAAGCACUCAUCUGCUUCCUCUACUUCCCAGACUUUUGGCUGGAGUAUGCGGAGUGGCACACCUCCUGUGGCCGCCCCGAUGCUGCCGGAUCGGCAUUGACCAAGGGGCAGGCCGCUCUGCCGCAAUGCCUGCAGUUGCGCAUGCUCGCGGCCGAUCUGGCCGAGCGUACCGGGUCGCCCGAGCAGGCGGUGGCCAUUUAUGAGGGCCUGGCGCUGAACUUGGAGCAGCAGCAGGCGGUGACCCGUGGGUCACUUCCGGCUGCGGAGGGGGAGCUGGUUUGGGUGCAGUACAUGCAGCUGUUGCGGAGGGUUGAGGGAGACUUCCACAGCCGCAAGCUCUUCUUGCGCGCCCGCAAGUGGCAUCUGGGCCUCCCAGCUGGCGAGCACGGCUGCUGGCGGCUGUACGCGGAUGCGGCGCUGCUGGAGUGGCGCCGGGGACGGGACGCAGCGGCAGCCCGCAACAUCUUCGAAAAGGGUCUGGAGGACACCCGCAUCUUCCGGGAACCGCAGUACGCAAUUGCGUACCUGGACCUUCUUUGUGGACUUGGUGACUUGGACAACGCGCGCGCCCUGCUUGCCCGCGUGCUGGGGGAUGAGACCAACGCCAAGUGCGUGACGCUGUGGCAGCGCUACAUCGCCUUUGAGGGCAUGUCGGGUGACUUGGCGGCGGUAGUGGAGGUGGAGCGACAGGCGAUGGCGGCCCUUCGCGGGGAGGAGGCGGAGCAGCUUAAGUCGGCGCUGCCCCUCAUACGGUGCCACGGCGACGGAAGCGGCGCGGUUGGGGGCGGCGGCGGCAGCGGGCCGCCUGGCUCCAACAUCCGGCCGCCCUCCGCCUACACCUACUCAGGCGCGGCGGCUGCCGGGCAGGAGCCGCAACCGCUGAAGCAGCUACCACCUCAGUUGGGGCUCUUCAUCAACUCCUUGCCGCCACCGCAGGCUGUGGAGGGUAUCGUGCCCGAUGUGGACCAGGUCAUUGAGGCACUGCUCACCAUGGACCUCACGGCAGGGACUGUGCUGCAGGUGUGCCUGGAUCUGGAGUCCGGCAAGACGUUGGCGCACAUGGGCCAGCCGCAGCAAGGGGGACCCCCACCCGACCAGCCGCCCUACCCGCAUGGCCAUCCGCAUAUGCAGCAGGAGCCUCCGGGACCGCACUUCGGCAGGCCGGAGCCAGGGGGGCCGCCGUACGGCGGUCCGCCGGGACCCUACGGGUACGGCCAAGGGUCCCCCGGACCGGGACCGCGCGGUGGUGGCGGUGGCGGCGGCGGCUACUCUGAACCAUAUGGCGAUGGUCCACCGGGCGGGCCUGACGAGUACGGGAAACGACGAUAUCAGUACGGCUACGAUCCAAACGAAGGCGGUGAAGAUGACGGUUAUGACAACGGGUACGGCGGCGGACGAGACUUAUACCACCAGAGGUUACGGCGGCGGAUGGACCAAUGA